AUGAUCAUUGCAAUACUUUUAUUCACCACAGUUUUUGCAUUUCCUAAAUACAAGUAAAAUAUAUUUGUGACCAAACCGGAUUCUCUCAAAAAAUUAGCUUAUUAAUUGUCAAUAGCAUCUGAUUUGUAAGUUGAUGUGGAUCAAGAUUAAGUUUGUACUUGGUUAAAAGAAUACACUUUAACAACAGCUCAAGAUGCUUAUUAUGCAAAGCUUGCAUCAUCGUUUUUGGAUGAAUGUCAGGCAGACUAUAAUAUUGAUUUUCCAAAAAUUGAUUCAGAUGAUUUUGAAUCUAUUUACUAUAAUUCACUAUUUAACGGGUUAUGUCCCAAACUUGACUAGUUUAUCACUGCAGGAGGUGCAGCCAAACCUUAGCUUAAAAAAUAGGAUGAUUCUUAUAGAACAGCAGCUCAAGCAUAUCACCUUGCCACUUUUUGUAAUCAUAGCAAGGUUCAUUAAGCAAUUUAAGAAGCCAUCUUUAAUUUCUAAGAAAUAUACGAAGGAGUUUCAGCAGUUUUGGACAGAGAUAAUUCAGCUACAGCAACUGCUUAAAUUUUGUUCUCCUUUUUUACUUUCAAUAUCACCAAUCUUCAUCCAAAACUAUAAGACCUCCUCCAAAAUUAGAUCUAUCAAUAAACUAUUAUUAACUUUCUUUACUAAAGAACUUAAGUCCUAGGAUCUAUUGAAGAGUAAUAUUGGAUUACCAAAUUAUUCUAAUUGGAUUAAGUUAAUUCAAUAAUAUAUCCUAUUUUCUAAGACCAUUACUAACUGAACAAAGGAAAAACAUAAAUAAAUGUGAAAUUCGUCAAUUUUAGAGGAGAGAAAAUUUAACCUACAGAAGUUUAUGCACUAAUCAACAAUUAAAAAGAACAUUACACCUACACACCAAUUAAAUCUAAAGAAUUUAGCGGCUAUUUUGAAAUUUCAGCAGUUGGCUCUGUUCCUUUCGAAUUGCAUUUUCCUCAUUAUAUUCUAAAAUACACUAUUAAAGUAUUAUAGGAAGUUGAGAUUGAAGAAGUUAUAUUUGAUAUUGUUGAUAGCAAGACUUCCAAACCAAACUUCCAUCAUAGUGUUGAAAAUGGAGAGGUUUAUCCUGUGAUUCUUAGUGCAAAUGAAAAAUGUUUCCUUCAUGUAAUCAUUAAAGUAAGAAUUUUAUUUUAGUAGACUAAAAAUUAAAUUAAACAAUAAGUUGCCAUCAGAUUAAUUCAUCCUUAAUAUUCUUCCGCUUCUACGUAAGUAUUUGCUGAGUAUGAUAAAAAAAAAAAGAUCUAUUAUGGUAUUAUAGACUUUGGCGACCCUGAUCAUAUUACACCUCUUAAUGCAAUCUAUUCAGUGGAAUUACUCAUAGCUGAUUCUAACGUUGUACCCAAAAGAUUGAGUUUUGUCAAAAUAGAUACAAAGUUUUAAGCUUAAACAACUUUCUAGAAUGACAGUACCUAUAAAUUGCCCUAAGAGAUUGUACAUUAAUUCAAUUAAGAAUAACCAGAAGUUCCUUUCUUUUUUGUUUCAUUCUUUGUUAUGAUCAUCUUAAUUGCAUUUCUAUUUUUCCUCUCAAUAAUUUCAAAUUUGAACUUAAGCUUUGAAAGAUUGCCAAAGGAUAAUUCAACAAUUGUUUAUUUGUUUUUAGCUCUAAUCAUAGGGUUAUUUUUCGUUUUAACACUAUUUUGGAUUAAAUUAAAUUUGAUUGAAACAAUCGCAGUUUUAGGAAUCCUAAGUGUUCCGUAAGUUGUAGUUGGAAACUAUGCACUUUUAGCAUUAAGAAAAUCAGAAAAAUUAGAUUGA